UAUUUCCUCUGUGAUACUUGACACAACUAGUUCGAUGACGACCACCGCGCGCCGUCAACUUUGCCUAGUGCUGGUAGGAGCACUAGUGAUUAUUACAAGAAAGAUCGAUGCCUCACCCAUUCACAGUGAUGAGACCCGAGGAGUUGAUUCUAUGGAAAGUCACGAAUUCCUUCCGGAUACGUCAUCCGGACGAGAGAACCCAAACGUUUUUAUUAACACUCAACAAUUUCAAGGAGGUGGGCAAUUAAUGUCCAGAUAUUCUGACGAACACCAUGACUUCUCCAUAGAACAAGUCCGCGCUAUUUUGGCCUCUGCUGGGCAAUUGGCUCCAACUCAGACCAACAACGGACCGGCCGGUCAAAUGACUGGACUCCAAACCCCAAAUAUGCGCAAUCCGGUUUUGAUUCAUUCCGACGAACACGACUUUUCCGAUGAACUAUCGCUUCUUGGCAUUUUACCAAACGCCCAGCAGCAGAGUUCCACAAUCCCAAUGGCCAGCAGCACCACCGGUACCGCUGCUGCCGGCCAAGAACCCAACAGAGGACAGCGAAUUUUCAAUAAGCAGCCGGAUGAACGUUACAUUGUGUCCGCCAGACCGGGUAAACAGGUGAUUAUCCGGACCGGAUCGAUCCCCGGCAGUCCUAUCCAAACUACAUCCAUCCACAAGGCCACGUAUGGACAUUCUGACGAGCACGACGAUUACUCGGACGAAGUCAGAUCCAUUUUGGCCCCACCCAAUACUCAGAAUAACGUUCCGGCGAAUAAUAAUGGCGGCCGCAUAACGGCUAAUAUCCCUGGAUCCGUUUACAGGCUGCGCUCUAACGUACCGGUACCCGCCAGUCUACCAUGGAGAGAAGGUGAGGAUGACGUUCAAGUUCAAAUUGAUCCAGUAACCAAGCAGGUGGUGAACAUCAGGACCGAAUUGAGGGACUCUCUCGAGCACGAUGUUGACUUUUCUGACGCCAUUACCUCCCGUAUCGUUGUUUCGCCCACGCUAGUAGUUUCACCAGUAAACACUAACGGCAAUGUCCAGCCGACACCUUUGAACGGCCGUCUUCUAUCAGCACUGCAUUCCGACGAGCUGUACGACGACUCUUACGAAGUUAAAGUCAAUCUCAACCGACCGAACGGACAGAAUCUGACAGCACCGGUACAUUUUAUUUCACGACAUUCGGACGAGCACGACGACUCGCUGGAAAUGGUCAGAGGCAUUCCAAGUGCUGGCCAGGUUCGCCCGGUUCUACCCGUCCAAACGGCCGUCAACGGAGAGCGUUUCAUCGUCGGCAAACAUUCCGACGAAGUUGACGAUUUUUCUUUGGAGGAUUAUCAAGGCGCCAUCAGAUCCGGACGAACCCAAUUACCAAUUGCGUCAGCCGGCCUUCCAACGGUAACGACUGGAGUUGAACACCUUUUGAGACAUUCCGACGAGCACGACAGCAGCUCGAUUGAACUCAUUCGCUCCCUAGGAAAUCUUCCCGGUAUUGCACAAAGUCCAAUGGUGCAGCAACAGGGUGUUCAAGGUGUCCAACUCAUUCAAAAACAUUCGAGCGAACUCGAUGACACCUCAGUCGAAGUUGUACUGGUACGAAAUCAAACCGGAUCGGGGCUCCAUCUCAUUUCCCAGAAUUCUGACGAGCACGACAUCUCGCUGGAAGUUGUCAGACCAGUUCUCAACCCUCAAACUGGACAAAAUCCUGCAGCAGCACCACCAGUCCAAGGACUUCAGGUGAUUUCACGUCAUUCGCACGAGGAUGACGACAUUUCCUUGGAAGUUCAACUGAUCCGGAAUGAGACAGCACCGGGCCAUGUUACUCGAGUGUUGAAACAUUCUGACGAGCGUCACGACGCCUCGCUAGAAGUUGCCGGAGCCAUUCUCAACCUUCAGAAUGGACAAGUAGCGGCGGAAGUUCGUCCCGUCCAAUCCCAAAUGAUUCCCGGUGAACAUUUGCUCAGACACUCUGACGAAGUGGACGACAUUUCUUUGGAACUCCAUCACGUCACUUCCGGAAUUAUUCCGCCUCCAAUUACUGUCGGCGGAAUCGUUCCAGCGGUUCCAGCAGCAACUGGCGUUGAACAUCGUUUAAUACACUCGUCUGACGAGCGUGAUAUUUCUCUAGAAGACGUGAUUGGCAGAGCCGCAGGCGUCCCAAUUGCGCCACAGGUUGGUAUGAUACAGUUGGCACCAGCACAACAGCAGGGAUUGCAACAGUUGAGGGAUUCGGAUGAGCACGACAAUUCGAAAGAAAGAUUAGGACAACUUCUACUAAGCGGAAAUCUAAAUGGAUCGGUUACUUUUCCUCGGGAAUCCGUAGAACGGGACGACCUGUCUUUGGAAGUUGACAUCAAUUUACUUCCGGAGAUUCAGCGCUUAUUUAGAAAUGUCAAAAUCGACGGAGCGCCUUUGCCGGAAGUUCAGAGCCCUCCAGCAGCCGCAGCAGUGACAGUAGCCCCAGUAACAGGAGCACCAGUGGCAGCAGUGAACCGAGGAAAUCAAGCCGUUCAACGCAUGUCCCGCCUGCUCAAACAGAACGUCACGUUGGAGUUGCGAGAGAUUUUAGCGAAUCCAGUGUUCCAGCAAAAGAUUCAGGAACUCGACAGGCGUUUGAAAUCGGCGCCAGAUUCCAGGGGCAAGCGUCUCAUAGAGAAAUACGCCGAAGCUCUGGCUUUGUCGUCGUCGUCGCCAUCAUCUCAUUUCAACUCCGCCGCAACGUCACCAACCAUCAACUCUUGUUUGUACCUCUCGCUUUUAAUCACUUAUUGGGUUUCGCUUUGGCUCUGAUAUUUAGAUUGUGGACAUUGGGCACUCUUUGAAUAGGGCAAUGGACAUCGCUAAUUAUAAUAUUACUCGUAGAAUUUCUCGCAUUUGUGUAUACCAUCUAGCGGGGUUUUUCUUUUUCCUCACGGGUCUUUAACACUUGUUGGUUUAACCCUCAUUUUAUCAAUUAGCUUUGGGAUUUACAUAUUCUGAGUAUUAGCGCAUGAUAUCCUUCCUCUCUCCCUGGGGGUGAUUCAAUUAUUGACAGCCUUCUUCUAUUUUUCCACAAUUGCAGCAAGCGAGCUAAAAUACAGUUUUAGCUACCAA